GCAGAGCACAGCCCAGCCCUAAGGUGCUUUCGCCUGCGGGUCUGAUACAGGGAGGCUCAGUCUGGGUGUGGCAGCCAAGGUGUGUCUGCUGUUGACUCACUGCCAGUGCAGACAGAUACCGCGGCUCUGAGAAAAAAACUGUCCGUCCUCCAUACUGCGCACACAAGUGCAGGAAAAGACCAGUUUUUCUAGUGGAGAUUUUAACGCCAACUCAAAUCCAUCAUCUGCCACUCUUUGGACGACUCACUGCCGGUGGAGUCGAGCUUUUUCCCACGGACGGUGAAAAGUUUCAGAAAUGGCGAAUGUUGUUAUUUUUAACCUUUUCCUGGUGGUGCUCCUGUCCGGUGCGGAGUCGUGUUUUGUCACGGGGUCCGUCCACGAAAUUGUACCAUACAUAAUGAAACGUGGACACAAAAUAAUGAAAGUUCCAGUUACAGACUGCGAAGCCAAAUCACUGCGCUUUACCUGUGAGGACCCGAGUUUUAAUGUAACGACUGGCGCAGUUUUAGAGACUGUAAAGCCCGUGUGGGUGGCAGCAGGAGGGCGGACAUUUUCUGUGUGGGCUCAGGACAACAAUGGGCCGAAAAGUGAGAUGGUAGUUCACCUUGUCCACAGUGCAAUAGAGAAAAGACAGCCCACUGACAUCCUGAAGCGCUUCAAGAGACGCUGGAGCCCCCCUCCCUUCAACAUAAUGGAGAAUGAAAAGGGACCUUUCCCCAGAGAUAUUGAGAAGUUACAGUCAGACUCGCAACAGAAUCGGUCGGUGUACUACAUCCUCAGCGGACCGGGUGUCAAUCAUCAUCCAGUGGGCGUGUUCAGUCUCAACCCUAACACUGGGAUGUUGACUGUGCACAAGGCAGUCGAUCGUGAAGAGUACCCAAAGUUUAUAUUAACGACCAGAGUUUUCGACAAAAACACGCAUCAACAGACAGACAAGCCUUUGGACAUCACAGUAGAAGUAGAUGAUGAGAACGACAACGCUCCGACAUUCAAAGGCCCUCUAGAGUUCACCGUGGCCGAGCAAAGCCUUGCAGGUGCAGUGGUGGGAAAAGUGAAUGCUACAGACAGAGACAAAGAGGGAACCAGCCAUGUCAAGAUCAGGUAUACUCUCUUGACCGGAUUAGACCUGUUUUCCAUCAACACAGCCACAGGUGUCAUCAGCACAGUAACCAACACACUGGAUAGAGAGACAAAAGACAAGUACGCGGUGACAGUACAAAUCAAAGAUAUGGAUGGUGCACCAAAUGGCCUGUCCAACACAGGAACAGCAACCAUUACUGUGGGUGACAUCAAUGACAACCCACCUACUUUCACAAAAGUGCCUUUAACAGCCAAGGUCAAAGAAAACGAGAAAGAAAAACUUCUCCUCCGAAUUCCCGUUGAAGAUAAGGAUUUAAAAGGCACACCAAAUUGGAUUACGAAAUUUGUCAUCAUGAAAGGAAAUGAAAAUGGAAAUUUCAGAAUUGAUACUGAUCCCAAAACAAACGAUGGGCUUCUGUAUGUGGCAAAACCUUUAAAUUAUGAGCAGAACCCAAAGGUAAAGCUUGAGAUUCAGGCACAGAAUGAAGCUCCGCUAAAAGGCACCUCUGACAAAUGGCUGUCCAUCCCUGUGGACAUUAAUGUCAGUGAUGAAGACGAGGGUCCAGAAUUCACGGCUCCUAUUGUACACUUCACUGUCAAAGAGAACACAGCGAAUGGCACACUGAUUGGAAAGUACCUGGCUGUGGAUCCUGAGACCAAGAGUAGCGCCGGCAUCAAGUAUUACAAGCUCACAGACCCAGCAAACUGGAUCAGUGUGGACCGAAAUAAUGGAGAUCUGAGGGUGGCAAACACAAUUGACAGAGAGUCACAGUUCGUGAAGGAUGGACAUUACAAUAUCAGCAUGAAGGCUGUUGAUGCUAGCAGCAAGACUGGAUUGGGAACAGUCGUUAUUAAGAUUAUUGAUGAUAAUGACAACGUGCCAUUGAUCCCCACCAGCGAGCUGGUGAUGUGUGAGAAGGGAGGGGAGCUCGGCUCUGUGCUGGUUACGGCUGAGGACAACGACCUGUACCCCAACUCUGCCCCCUUCAUCUUUAGCUUGAAAGAUGACGGCACCAAAUGGUCUUUGACACGUUUCAAUGACACUGCAGCUACAUUGCAACAGCUGAAAGAGCUUCCUACAGGGAAACACGAUGUAGGCAUGGUUGUCUCAGAUCUGCAGGGCAGUAGUAAAGAACAGACGGCCAAAGUCAGGAUCUGCCAGUGCAGGAAUGGAGCCUGCAUGACCAAGCCAAGCUCUAUAUCGCUGGGGCCACUGGGUAUACUGACUUUACUGUUGCCUCUGCUCCUUCUCCUACUGCUCGCCGCACUGCUUGCAAUUUUCUGUGUGACACAGAGAGAUCCAGUGCAGAUUAUAGAUGGAGAUGGCAGCGGUGGAAUCCUGCUCAAAUCAAACACAGAGUCCCGAGGGGAAGAAGUGGACGCAAGUAUUUUCAAACCUCCCUCCCAGCUGGUGCCUGAACAGGUUGUGAAGGGCUCAGUUAAGGAGUCUAUGGUGAAUGCAACAUGGCCGGGGAACAAGAGCACCAGCACAAUCGGAGGACAGGAAGUGGGGAUAUAUAGGCCCGGUGUCAUCACAACUGAUAUGCAAGAGUUCUAUUCUGGCCAGUAUGAUAGCCAGUAUGGCACUCAAAACUUUAGUGGCAACCUUGUGGAAAGUGGCUUUGACAACAGAUACCUCACCCAGGACUCAACUUUCCUCCGCAACUGGCACACAAAUGGCCGCUAUCUACACCAGAAGCUGGGCUAUUUUGGAACAGAGGAGGACGGACGGUACGCCGACGACAUCAUCCACUCCUACGGGUAUGAGGGGGUGGGAUCUGCAGCCGGCUCUGUGGGAUGCUGCAGUGAGUUUGCUGACAACGAUAACCUCGACUUCCUAAACACGAUCGGACCGAAGUUUAAGACUCUAGGAGAGGUCUGCAGACCGACAUGAACAAUGAAGCUCAGAAAUAAUGGUGUUUACUUUUCACUGUACAGGAUGUAGAGAGGCCUGGGAUAUGAAUGCUUGAUAUGCCCCUGAACAUGAAUGAGAAAAAGAACAAGCAGGUGGCGUCAGUGUGUGCACUGUCACCGCUCAGUUUAUGUUGUAAGGUUGUUGUUUUUUGUUUUGUUUUGGGUUUUUUUUUUUGCUGAUUUUUUGGUAGAAGUCUCUUGCACUGAAAACUAUGCAGAUGCACAGUCUGUUGUACAUACUUUGUGUUGUGUGUUAUGUGUUGUUUGCCUUAAAAGUCCUUCUUUUCCAUUCAUCCAUUAACUAUACCUGCUUGCAGACGGUCAUGGGGUGCUGGUUUUGCCAGUUCAUAAUGGUAGUUUUAUGGGUAUGUGCAGUGAAGGGCUGUGGUUUUCUAUCUACUGUAUGAGUAACAAAUUUGGGUAUUUUGGUAUAGCUGUGUUCACAGUGAAGAUACAAUUUUACAUUUGUUUGGCUAAGUUAAAUUGCUUGCUAAAUGUUAUAGUUUUGAUAUAUUUCUUAAGGAAAAAUAAAACAAAAUAAGCUCCGAAAUAUCGAUCAGUUUUGAUCAAUAAUAUCAAUUGUCUUCCACUGGUUUUCCAAAUCCUCCGGUAAUUAUCUGUGUACACAAAUUCCUCUGCAGCACUUAACCGUUGAUUGGGCGUAGUUUAAGCCCUGUGUGUCAUUGAGGUUGUUGCAACAUAUACUACCAGUAAUCCUGUGAAAGUUAGCACAAGGGCGUGGAUGUGAUGAGUAAGUUGAAUACAAGCCAGACCAGACACAACAAAAGAUAAAUGUCUUGGAAAAAUGCCCUUGAACCUCCCAAUGAAAGGGAAUCUUGACAUUCCCAGUAUCUUACGUUGGUGAAGUUGUAAUUUUGCAUGAUCAUUAAAGCACGAUUCUCCUGGUGAACUUUUGCUACUGUAACAAAUGUAGUUUUUUAUAGUCUCAGUUUAUAAUACAUUUAAAACAAAUAAAAUCUAUGAAAUAAAA